AAGGCGUCGCGACGUUAUAAAAGGAAGCGUCUUUGCACGCUCGGAAAAGUUUCUUGUCCAGUCGACUCUUUGCGUUCGACGGCGCUUCGCCAGGCCGCGUCCCCUCCUUUAAUCGUGAGCAUCGAUUCCCGAUUUGAAAGAAAUCAACCCCCAUUGGAAUUUUGUUUUGUGUUUAAAAAAAAAAAAAGGAGGGCUUUAUUUUUUGUUGUUGUGCGAGAGGGGGAAAAGUGCGCUACUCCGGAGAAUUCUAUUUUCUGCUUCUUCAUCCCGUCCGCAUUUCCAAAGUUUUUUUUUUUUUCCUUUCUCCCUUGCGACGUCAUUAUUAUUUAAGCAGUGCGUUGCAGUGUGCUCAUCUCCCCAAUGGAUUACUUUUGAAACGAAUUGAUACAUAAAACCCAAAAAUCCUUCAAAAAAAAGAUGGUGAUCCUGUGGACCAAUUUGGAAGGCGAGAAGGUCGAACCGAGCCCGACGUCUCAAAGGCCAAUACCUGAACAUGGCCGGAAUAACAGCAAUGGCCAAUUGAGUUUGAAACGGCGGGUCCAGGUGGCAUUGAAACCGUCGUUACCGUCUCUUUUCUUACCCCUCAUCAAACCGAACGAUGAAAACAGCAACGGUCGUGCGGCUUCAGAAACGUACAGUCCCGGAGCGAAUACCGAUAGCGUCAGUUUGCCCAGCUCGUUGGAUAGUUCACCCACAUUGCCAGAUGACGAUCUGCUGCGAUUGGUAGUUAUCCGAUCGCGAGAUUUAUCACCUGAUUCAGGUGUUCUCAUCCAGUACGAACCCACUCCCUCGCCGUCCGUUCCGGUCAAUCCAGUCAGGCCGACAACGUUACCCGCGCAGCGGGCCAAACCACCAAAGACAUUACCCAUCAUUUAUGGCAAGACGCAUUGUCAAAGCUGCAAGAAGAAAUGCUCGGGCGAGGUGCUUCGCGUGCAGGACAAAUAUUUCCACAUCCAGUGUUUCAAGUGCCGCGUCUGCCAGAAUUCUUUGGCACAGGGAGGCUUCUUUUGCAAAGACGGCGACUACUAUUGCACGCGGGAUUAUCAGGACCGUUUCGGCACCAAGUGUUCUCAUUGCGGACGCUUCGUCGAAGGGGAAGUGGUCACCGCUCUGGGGAAGACGUACCACAGCAGCUGCUUCACUUGCGCCCGUUGCAGGCAACCGUUUCCUUCAGGGGAACGGGUGACCUUUACAGGCAAAGAAGUUCUCUGUCCGAAAUGUGUCCAAAUUCCCGUCAUGACGGCCACGCCAUCGCCGCCGAUGAAACCCGCCCGUUCCAGUCCGACACCGAGCUCGCCCGUCUCGAACAGUGGAGUCAACACGUCAUCGUCGACAACGCAAUGCACCGGCUGCGCAAAAGAGAUUGUUGAAGGCCAGGCUUUGAUUGCGUUAGACUCGCAGUGGCACGUCUGGUGUUUCAAGUGUGUAACUUGCAACACCCUCUUGCACGGAGAGUACAUGGGAAAGGAUGGACUGCCCUACUGCGAGAAAGAUUAUCAGCGACAAUUCGGCGUCAAGUGUGACCACUGCGAGCGCUUUAUCGCCGGCAAAGUCCUUCAGGCCGGAGAUAACCAUCAUUUUCAUCCGACUUGUGCCCGUUGUUCAAAAUGUGGCGACCCUUUCGGCGAUGGCGAAGAAAUGUUUCUUCAAGGCUCAGCUAUUUGGCACCCGCGAUGUGGCCCCGGCCCUGGCCAAAACACAAACGGAAACAUCACAUUGUAUCUGAACGGCGCUAAUCAAAACCAAGGACAAGACGAUAAAGACGACCGUUUCAGUUCGACAGCCGGAAGCGAAUUUCAAUUUUCCAUGAGAUCCAGGACCCCUAGUGUCAAUGGUUCCGUUUGUCCCAGUCCCUAUGGUAGCAUGCAUAAAAAGCUCUCUUCAGCACGAACGUUAAGUCCUGGCCUGAUCCUACGCGACUAUGGCAAAAGGAGUCCUGCACCUCCAGAAGACAUCACUCGUUUGUACACCUACAGUUACUUGACGGAAGAGCCUACCAUGGGCUAUUUAAGGAAACCAAUCGAUCCUUACGAUCGGCCACCAAAGUCGCCCCAUUUCCACCGACCUCAGGUCGGUGGUCUCAGCAAUAAGAGGAGCAGCUUACCAUACAGAUUGAACCACAAACCGGGCAUGAAAGCGCUGCUGGAUCAAAUGGAAAGAGAGACUCCCAGACCCAAGUCCCCUCACAUGAAUAACGAAGAACCUAUCGAGUUGGCUCACUAUCCUAACGCUAACCGACCAAGACCUGGUGAUCCACCACGUAUCGAGCGUGACGACUUCCCGGCCCCACCCUAUCCUUACACAGAUCCGGAACGUCGUCGUCGUUGGUCUGAAUCUUCUAAAAAGAUUUCAGUUUCGGACAGUAACGAUUUUGACGAUCGAAGCUACGAACCUAGAGACGUCGUCGAUGGCGAAAUUGACGAAGGCACACCUGACGAUCCUAAAGUUAAAAAAAGCGAAGCUGAGCUGUCCAAAAUCGCUACGGGAAUCGGCAAAGUCUUUCUGCACAACCUAAAAGAACGCGAGAAAUUUCGCCAGUGGAAAAUGAGCCACUUGGAUCCGCGCAACGCUUCUCGCACUCCUUCUGCAAACAAGGAACCGCCGUUGCGUUUGCGCUACGAGAGUCCAAUCAACGCAUCGCCUUCCCGUUUCAAGGAUCACCCGCGACCUUUCGAUUACGAGGAGCCUGAAUUGGACAGGCAAUCAACCCAUCGCUCUUCACUUGGUCGAUCCAUUGGCACUCUUCCCACCUAUAAUGUCGUGUCAUCCCGCAGUCCACCUAGACCUGGCUACACAUUGAAGUCAUCCACAUUGCCCGUCAACGGUCGUCAAAAUGGCGGAGACUAUAUGGGAGACUACGCUUUGGGAGGAGGACUUGCUGAACAGUCACAGCACACGGAUUUCGGGUCGAACAAAUCCGACAUUUCAGCCGUUUCGUUGACGGAAUCCGAUCGCCGAGCCUUAGCACCUGAUCUGCGGAGUAGCAACACGUACAGUAGCCAUUUGGGCGGUGGCGGAAUGGUAUCCAACACGCCGCGUCCACACUCGCAACAAGGUUUCCGACCCAUGCUAAUGCCCGUCACGACUACCAGUAGCCAUGCACUUCCGCCUCAAUCGGCUCCUUUCCGCGGCCACACUCAUUUGCGACGCUCCCUUCCCAACAUGUCGGCUGCCGCUUUGGCUGCACAACAAGCGCUGGCCAACGAGCCGCCGAAAAUCUAUCCAGCUCAUCUGUUGUUUACGACCAACUACAGACUUCCGGUCGACGUCGAUCGCUGUCAGUUAGAGCGUCACUUGUCGGAUACAGAAUUUGAAGCCAUUUUCCAGAUGACACGCUCGGAAUUCUACCGCAUCCCGCCCUGGAAGCGUAAUGAAAUCAAGAAACGCUUCCGGUUGUUUUAAAAUCGAAAUUGUUGGAGGGAACGUGGAUCGUGUUUUGCAACUCGCGAAAUUCCUCGACUGCAGCAACACCGCUAAAAGGAUUUGAUGGAAUUUUGUUAUUUAGCUUUUGUUUUUUUUUGUUUUUUGUUUUUGUUUUUCUUUAAUAGGGGUAGGGUGGGGUGGGCAGGAAUGACGCUUAUGGUUUGCUAAGUGGAGUAAGGACAAUCGAUUUGUGCAUCGCCUAAUCAGUGUAGGCGGAAAACAAGAUAUUUUUCUUUUGGCAUUCUUGCGAAGCUAUUGGAGCUUCAUCAAACAAAAACAAACAAAAAAUCGGCAAUUGGCAAAUUCUAAACCGACGAUUUUCUUUUUAGAAGAAAAAAAAAAAGGAGUUUUUGCGUGAAGACCGAUGAUAUUGAUAACACCCAGUUGAAACUGGUUAUUAUUGCAUCGCAGUACCAAACCAGUUGAUGAAAAAUCAAGUGGAACGAUUUCUUUACCUUGUUUGGAAUCGUUUUCAUCCGGACGGCCUUGAAGCAUUUUUUUUUUUUUUACAUCUUAUUUUAUUUAUUUUUUUAUUUUUGUUGGUAAAAGAAAGAAAGGGAAAUGAUUAGCAACUAUUUUUUAAUGGGCACUAAAAAUGGGAAGGAUAAAAAUCGCAGCAACUCUCCGAAAUAGUAGCGCUGUUUAUUUCUAUUAUUUUUUGAGAGAGAGGGGAAACUGGAUCAGCAUCAAUUUCCCUACAAGAAAAAAAAAAAAGUAGAUUCAAUUAUAUUUUGCUAUAGAGCUAUCAAAUUAUUGUUUCUUUCUCUUCUCUUCUUUCUUUUCCCUCUGAACGGAAUAAUCCCCGACAACAAGUUUUUCUUGACCAUAAUAUUAUUGCCUGAAUACUUGGAUCACGUGUAUAACGAAGGUAGCUUUGAAUUUCUGAUAGGGUUUUGGUAUUUCAAGAGCAAUCAAGCUGUUUCCAAUAUCCAUGUCUUGUAAACAAUCUUUUUAAGUGGGCAGCUUUCUAAACAUCACAAAGGAAAACAGGCAGCAGGUGCUCCCAAAAAGGAAGUAAAAUAUAAAACAAAAAUAUAUUGUUGAACGAAAAACCAUUCAUCGCAGAAUGGACGAGAUGUGUCUGGUUUUCUUCUAUUUCGAGGGACGUCACUCUUUUUUCGUAUUUAAAAUUGCCUAUAACGUCUACUAAAAAUAGCAUUUUGGCAUUUCACUUUUCCUCCAUCUAAUGUUCUUCAUUUCUAUAAUAACACACACCCAACUGUUGUGACUUACUUUUGGAUUUUCCCUUGUCUGUGUCCUAGUCGCUUCUGGAUUGCAAAAAAAAAAAAAGAAAAAAAAAUAUUCAUUUAUUUAAAGCAACAAAAAAGGUCAUUUUACUCUCUACCGAAACCCAAACAUUUUUUUGAAUACAUGUAAUCGACUUCA